AUGGACAGCUGGGCAGACGAGAUCUCAUCUCAAUCGGAUCAUGGCAGCAUAAAAUUCAAUAAUGUUGGGAGUUCCAGCUAUGUCAAUGGCAGCCACUGGGUGGCUGUUCUGGACGGAAUCGCCGAACUGAAGGAUUAUUUCGAGUACGAAGAACGGGAACCUGCCCGACCUGCCUUCGGUCCAACGUCUUCUGUGUCAUCUGUCGGCCCGCAGCUACUCCUUGGCUGCCCUUAUUACACAACCAGGGAGCAGCUCUUGGCAUCACUCCCUGGAAAGCCUGAAGUGGACCGACUGGUGUCAUUCUAUUUCAACUCAUUUGACAUGUCUCCAGCUAUUCUUCACAGUGUCGAGUUCCUCAAAGAAUAUGAACAAUUUUGGGAACAUCCUGACGAUACCCCAAUAAUAUGGGUAGGACUCUUAUACUCUAUCAUGUGCUUGGCCGCGCAGUUUCAGAGAUUUCGAUUCGAAUCUGGCCUUCAUCCGAUAGUAUCCGCAGAGCAUGAACCCCAAACGAUGGUGGAAGCUUUCCGCGCAAACAUUGUCCAAUGCCUGAUCCUCGGAGACUACCACACAGGCGGCCCUUACGUACUCGAAACGCUGAUUCUGUACUUCACCUGCGAGCAUUUCAGCCACAAGGAUGCACAGCUCGGAACCUGGUUACUCUUAGGUAUCAUUGUCCAAUUAUCCAUGCAUAUGGGGUUUCAUCGCGAUCCAAAGCAUUUUGGAGACCAGGACAUCUCUCCGUUCGCGGGCGAGAUGAGACGACGUGUGUGGGCUACAAUCAUGGAAUUGGACGUAGGAAUAUCAGCCCAAAUGGGUCUUCCCCGUUUGAUCAGACCAUGGCAGGCGGAUACCUCAGAACCUCGGAACUACCUGGAUAACGAUUUCAAUCGGCAAACCAGAGAUCUUCCACUCCCACGACCCGAUACAGAGCAUACACCAAUGCUUUAUCGACUCUCGAAAGCACGGAUUAUGUCUACCCUUGGCCUUAUUCUGGACGGCGCCUCCGAUAUUCGAGAAUACACAUAUACAUAUUCCAAGAUUAUGAAGAUAGAUGCCAAAUUACACGAGACCCAUGACGCCAUACCCAUUUGUCUCAAAUGGACCUCAAUAGCCCAUUGCAUCACAGACUCACCACAAGUCAUCAUGCAGAAACUGUUUCUGGAGCUGAUGUUUCAGAAAGGCAAAAUCAUCCUACAUCGGAAAUACCUUUCGCAACGAGGGGAUCAAUACAGUGAUUCACACAAGAUGUGCAUAUAUGCCGCGUUGAAUAUACUGGAAUAUCAACGCAUUCUGGACGAGGAGACGCAGCCUUUUUGUCAGUUGUACCAAGAAAGGUGGCGUGUCUCGUCACUUGUGAACCAUGAUUUUCUGUUAGCGGCCAGUGUUCUGUGUUAUUACUUGGAGCAGGAAAGGAAAUUGAAUCCCGAUGGUCUAGUCGAGGAUGCAGAAAUCAUUCACGAUGCAUUAAAACGAUCGCACGACAUUUGGGCUCGCUCGAGCUUUUCUGCUGAGGCUGAGAAAGCGGCACAAGUCUUAAAGGUUGUCCUUCGGAAUAGACAGGAUUUCCUUUCGAGUAGUUGUGAAGCCAUGUCGGAAGGCUCGCAGCUCUAUAUGACACCAGAUGGCCCAUUCAACUAUCAAAGCGGGGCUGACCUCAACCUCACUUUCCCUUUCUUUCCCGAUAGGGAACCAUGCCCAGAGCCUAUUCUAAAGUCAAUGGAGUCUUUGUCAAAUUUCAUUCCUCCGGAUCAGUUUGCCUUGCGUGACAUGUAUACAACAGAUAGUUAG